AUGGACGAUGGAAAACUCGUUCUGGUGAGCGGAGCGUCGGGUUAUGUGGCCUCACAUUGCAUCAAAUUGCUGCUUGAAAAGGGUUAUCGUGUGAGGGGAACGGUGCGGAGUCUAAAAAAUGCGGAAAAGGUAAAUCCAAUUCGGAAACUCGAUCCAUCUGGCGCACAACUCGAGCUCGUCGAAGCGGAUUUGAUGCAAGACGAGACGUGGCCACGAGCCGUCAAAGACUGCACCUAUGUGUUGCAUGUGGCCUCACCGAUUGGCCAAGGCGCUUCACAGGCAUUCAUCGAUGCCGCCGUUCGAGGAGCAACCAGCGUCCUUCGAGCUUGUGGAAAUGAACCGUCUGUGAAAAAAGUCGUACAAACCAGUAGCACGAUGGCCAUUUGCGAUGGCAACAAUCCACCAAAAUCCAAGUAUGACGAGACGGAUUGGACACCGAUUGAGCUACAGAACUCCGGCUGGUACACGCAAAGCAAGGUGCUGGCCGAGAGAGCCGCGUGGGAAUUGUGGAAGAGUGGAGAGCUGAAGAACAAGUUUGACUUCACCGUGAUCAACCCGGGCUUCAUCGUCGGCCCGCCAUUGACCGACUCGACCGGGUCGAGCAUGACGUUAGCCAUUCACAUAAUGACAAAACCGGUGAUUCCAGUCUUGAACCCCAACUCGAUCGAUGUUCGCGAUGUGGCUGAGGCUCAUAUCCGCGCCAUGGAACGACCCGAGACAAACGGACAUCGAAUUAUUGUCGCUGACGGGGCCCCGAUCACUCUGAAAGAGUAUGGACUCCAGCUGAAGAAAGUUUUUGGGCCACUGGGCUAUUGUCCGGCAACAACCGUUCUCCCGCAGUUCGUCAUUUGGAUUGCCUCGUUUUUUGUCGGUGAUGCCGGACAACUGAUGAAGAUGCAAUUCGAUAAGCGGGUUGACAACACAAAGAUGCAAGAACUGCUGGGAAUGAACUCUUGGAGAAAUCCGCUCGACGGAAUGGUCGAUAUGGUCGACGAAUUGAUCGAGAGAGGACUCAUCAAGAAAACGGAAAAAUGGGAACAGACGAGACGAAGAAAUAAG